CGUUAACAAACGCUGCGGUGCUCGCUAUCCCGGACUUUGUGGAAGCGCUUGGCACAUGGUUAGACCUUGGAUCAAUGUGGGCUCUUUUUCGAUGCGUGCGGGUGUGCGCGCAGACCCCAGAUGAGCCAAGCUGGAAAAAACCGGUACUGCAGGCUCCCAUAGACGGUUCUGAGGAUCGAUUGUGCUGGGCACCAAGAGCCCCCAGGGUCCGCCGCAGGCAAUCGGAUGCGUGUUUACCAAGAAAGCUCUAUCUCCAGCCUUUUUCCUGUGUUGCAGAGGAUAUUCGCGAUAUAUCUGGAAGAUGGCACAUCCACUCUUUCAGAUGCGAACGCAUUCAGAUACGGAUGCUCGCUUGACUGUUUGCAGCUUUGGGGCAUUUGGAUGUGCGUCCUAUUGCAUCCGACAUAUGU